UAAACGCACUGUAGGAAUAAAUGGCGACCUCCGUGUGUGAUGUGUCUUUUCAUUAAAUCAUGGUUUAUUACAUUAUUGACUGGCGACACAAAUAGAUAAACGAUAUAGAGGAAACUUACAACUUAAAAGGCAAAAGGUUGCGUGAAAACCUAGGCAGGAGCAUGUCAAGGUUGUGUGUGGUUACUGGGGGCUCCAGGGGUAUUGGCAGAGCUGUAUCAAGGCUGCUGGCACGAAGUGGCUGCAGGGUUGCUGUUGUAUCCCGGAACCAAGAAGCUGCUCAGACAGUUGUGGCGUCCCUCCAGGGAGCUGACCAUAUGGCCUUCAGUUGUGACGUCUGCAAAGGAGAGGAAGUGCAGAAGACUUUUGAGGCAAUCCAGAAAACCUGUGGAACUAUCUCAUACCUGGUCAAUGCAGCUGGAAUCAACAGGGAUGGUCUGUUGCUGAGGACCAAGCCAGAGGACAUGGUGGCUCUGAUUCACACCAACCUGCUGGGGAGCAUGCUGACAUGUAAAGCGGCGCUACGGAGCUUGCUCCAAACCCAGGCCGGUGCCAUUGUCAACAUAGGCUCAGUGGUGGGCUUGAAGGGCAACGCAGGUCAGACUGUGUACAGCGCCAGCAAGGCAGGUCUGGAGGGCUUCACCCGCUCCCUGGCCAAGGAGGUUGCCUCACGCAACAUCAGAGUGAACCUCUUGGCCCCAGGUUUCAUCCGAACAGACAUGACGGAGGGGCUGAGGGAAGUGGAGGAGGUGCGGCUCGUCCCUCUGGGGAGAUUUGGGGAGCCUGAGGAGGUGGCGCAGGCGGCAUUCUUCCUUCUGGAGUCUCCCUACAUCACAGGACAGGUGCUGGUGGUGGACGGAGGGCUUCAGCUGGGCAUGUAGGGAGGACCUCCAGCCCCACUGGAAACUAGCAUCCUCCACACCCCUGAAUACUGUCAGCCCCUCUGGUUAAAACUACCCCCUUUUACACACCUGAACACAGUCAGUCCCUCUGGUUAAAACUACCACCUUUUACACACCUGAACACAGUCAGCCCCUAUGGUUAAAACUACCCCCUUUUACACACCUGAACACAGUCAGUCCCUCUGGUUAAAACUACCACCUAUUACAAACCUGAACACUGUCAGUCCCUCUGGUUAAAACUACCCCCUUUUACACACCUGAACACAGUCAGUCCCUCUGGUUAAAACUACCACCUAUUACAAACCUGAACACAGUCAGUCCCUCUGGUUAAAACUACCACCUAUUACACACCUGAACACUGUCAGUCCCUCUGGUUAAAACUACCCCCUUUUACACACCUGAACACUGUCAGCCCCUCUGGUUAAAACUACCCCCUUUUACACACCUGAACACAGUCAGUCCCUCUAGUUAAAACUACCACCUAUUACACAUCUGAACACAGUCAGCCCCUCUGGUUAAAACUACCACCUAUUACAAACCUGAACACUGUCAGUCCCUCUGGUUAAAACUACCCCCUUUUACACACCUGAACACAGUCAGUCCCUCUGGUUAAAACUACCACCUAUUACAAACCUGAACACAGUCAGUCCCUCUGGUUAAAACUACCACCUAUUACACACCUGAACACUGUCAGUCCCUCUGGUUAAAACUACCCCCUUUUACACACCUGAACACUGUCAGCCCCUCUGGUUAAAACUACCCCCUUUUACACACCUGAACACAGUCAGUCCCUCUGGUUAAAACUACCACCUGUUACACACCUGAACACUGUAAGUCCCUCUGGUUAAAACUACCACCUAUUACACACCUGAACACUGUCAGCCCCUCUGGUUAAAACUACCACCUAUUACACACCUGAACACUGUCAGCCCCUCUGGUUAAACCUACCACCUAUUACACACCUGAACACUGUCAGCCCCUCUGGUUAAAACUAACACUCUCUACACACCUGAACACUGUCGGCCCCUCUCUGGAUACACCCAACAACCAUUACACACCUGAACACUGUGAGCUGGGUCAUUGAAACUCUCUUGGAUGACAAUUACUGCGGAGAGCUCUGUAUGAUUAAGAUCAAGAAAGAGCUGCCUUUUAUCUACAGUACAUGAGCUCAUCUCUUGGCAGCAUAUCUUUAUGUUGACUUUUGAAGUGUACAUCCCCAUGCCUUUGAAUGGGAAGGGAGUGAAAUACAGAGCUGUAUUAGAUUUGUAAGCUCUGUGGACUUGAAUUUGUAAUCAGAGCCAUAGAUGUGUAUAUGGUUGAGGUAAUAGUGUCGUCCCUGUCUUAAAUAUGGUUGAGGUAAUACUGUUGUCCCUGUCCUUAAAGGGCUGUAUCACAGGGUCUGUUCUUCUGAAAUCCCAGAGUGGGCGUGUCUUUGUGCAUGUGACCGACACUGCGGAUUCAGCAGUGUCUGAACCAGUCUGUCCCUUCACAGCCUUAAGGCCUAACCGACGCUCAGGAGAUUUUAUGUUAUUACUCUUUCCCUGACUUAGGGCACACAGGGCUGACCAAAGAGCUCAUGUUUACUUACCCGCACCCCCUCACCCCUAGGGGGACCUCCACACAGCCAUCACAACACAGGACCCCAUCACUACCCGAGAUGGGGCCUGGCCGAGCCUUGCCUGCUUACAGCUGGAGGGGAUUAAGAGGGGGAUAUAUUUAUAGAACUGGGAAUGUUUUGAGGUUCCAGUUACAGCUCAGCACCGGCGGUGCAGACGGAUGAGGGCCGGAGGUGCUGUGAUCUCAUCCGUCAUUUCCUCCGCUGGAGAGACGUUCCUAGCCGGAGUGUGCUGCCCUGUGCCCCUGGCAGUGGCACACAUCAGUCUGCCUUCAUGGAUCCUGGCGGGGGCUGAGUCGCUCUCCUCCAUGUGAGCCGUGAUCGUGGUGACGCUGUCUAAGGUCUUCAUGGGGGAGACAGUGCAAACGUGGAAUCAUGGUGAAAUCUGAUAAGAAUUCUUAAUAAAGAACGGCAUCCAACCUCUGAUGGAUGAUAUGGCUGCAGAAUUUAUUCAGGCUUAGUGUCUCAUCCCUCAGCAUAAACAGUCACUCCACAGAGACUUAGAUUUUUUUUUUUAUUAUCCAUCAUAAACUAACAUAAUAUCGGGAGAACAUUUCAUAUACAGGAACAGAUAGACAAAUCGAAAAGGUGUCCAAUAUGUUGGUACGAGUGACCCCAGUAAUUGUAGAUUAAACAUGCUCCAAAAAGAUACAGCAAAAGAUGCCUAUUUGUUAAUACAGUGGUGAGAGAAAAUAUAAUGACAAUGAAAUACAAUCUGUGUCUAUCUUUCCCCUUCUCCACAGCCUAUAUUUGUCAAAAAGAAUUGUCCAUGUGGUACAAAUACCUCAGAAAAACACAGUGAUAGAAACAGGCCCAUAAUCUUUUAAGGCAAUACGUAGUUUCAAGAAGUAAAUUCUCAUACAGAAAGGAUUGUUUUGUCAUUGGGAGAAGAAAGAAAAUAAUUUCUAAUAUAAUUUAUGUCAAGUUUCUUGGGAAAGUAAAUAGUUAUUUUCUCAUAUAAAAAUAAAGCGUACAAUCUGUGGUGUGAUCACUGAAGUCAUUAAAGCCAUUUUAGGACCGUCUCAUGUGUUUUUAAACUUCAAAAAUGAACCAUUAAAGAAAAUAAUCUCUAGAAUCAGUCAUAACCACUGGUUUCAUCAGCACCCAUUAUUUCAUCAUCGUCAACAUAGUCCUUUUUGUCUUUCGUCUUAUCACAAUUUUUCCUCUUCUGCAAUGAAUUCUAUUAAGAAAAACAUGCUUCUCUCCUUAAAACGUCAACUCACUGAUCAGACAGAUCACUAAGCGUGGAAGUGACUUGUCACUGGGCUGAGACCAGUCAUCUGGGCCUCCUGUCCUGCCCCAGGUAAACCCAUCCGGUCCCAGUUAGUCACCUUUCACACUUCAGUACCCCCCUAGCCUGUCAUGGCCCUGCUUCUCCAUCAAUCGAUCUCUGACAUUGUCAUGGUAACACCGCUCUCAAUGGUGUUCAUGUCAUUCAGUCAACAUUCUUUUUUCCACAACUCUAAUUCAAAGUCACUACAGUAUUAACUUUCACGGUCAUAUUAACUAAAAAAGAAAAGAAAAAAAGUACUAUAAAAGGCCCGGCCUUGUGCAAUAUCUAUGGUGUUGUGCUAAAUCUAGAACCCAACCAUAGUGAUAUUUAUGGUAAUGCUGCUAAAUCUAGAACCCAACCAUAAUGACAUCAAUCGUAAUACUGCUAAAUCUAGAACCUGAUAAGGCUGGUGCUCUUCAUUUCUAUAACCAGACUGUUGAUAUCCGUAUUGUGCUAUAAUACCCAGAUUUUACAUAUCAGUCAUUUAGCAGACGCUGUUUCCCAUUUAAAAUAACUUUGUGCUGGCUGGGGGUCUUUCCGUACCCCAGGGAAACAUGACAUGCUUCCCUGAUGCUUUUUGACCAACCAUCCCUUAUCACUGCACAUCAAUUGCAUUCCAAGUGUGUCACAUUUCUACUUACGUAUCUCUGACUCUACAGCUAUAAGCAAGGCGUGAAUUUAGGGCUUAAUUCAAUCAAACCCCGAUUCCGGUAUUUACGCAUGAUUUCAAAAUAUUUAAUUGGUUUUGGUUACUGUGCCCCCCUCCCCCAUAGGUCUUCGUAUGCUGUUCAGAAUUAGUGUGUUGGAAGAAUUUUGUAAAUAAUGACACUGCGUAAACAUUUU